GCGUGCUCCGGGCUGCGGUUGGGGGGUGGUAGUGGUCUCUGCUGCUGUCCUGCUCCUAUUAGCAGCCCUAGGACUGAUGCUGGUCCUCAUUCUCACACAGAUAAAGAGCCAGGCAGUGGAGGAUCAGGUGCUGACCACUGCCACUUCAGGCCUACAGCAUGCAGGAGAUGGACUGUCCCAAACAUCACCUACAGUCCCUAUCAAUAGAAGUAAAGAGGACAGUACAGCUGCACCACAACCUGCCAGAAUCCCUCCAUCUGAACCAAGCUGUGGAGGUGUUUUGACUGACACCGAAGGAAGUUUCAGCUCUCCAAAUCACCCUGCGUCCUACCCCCCAAACUCGCUGUGUGUGUGGGUGAUUCAGGUCUCGCCCCCCUACGUGGUCCAGAUUCAUGUCUCCUCUUUGACCGUGGAGGGACCCUCUCCUUGCCUGUUUGACUGGGUGGAGGUGCAGGAGCAGAUCGAGCAGACUUCUGUGGUUACCAGGUUCUGUGGUAACGUAGCGCCACCGACGGUCAACACAAACAGCAGUACGGUGUGGGUCACCUUCCACUCUGAUGGCAGCAUCGCAGGCAACGGCUUCACUGCCCAGUACAGGGCCGUACUCCCCGGACACAAAAGCUGCUCCAGAGAAGAGUUCAUGUGCGACGGCGGCCGCUGCCUGCUGCCCGUGUCUGUGUGCGACGGUCACCCAAACUGCCACGACCAGAUGGACGAGGCAAACUGCAGCCACAAGCACAAGGAAUGCGGUGGGCAGAAGAUUGGGCCUUAUGGUUACCUGGCAAGUCCAAACCACCCCGGGCCUUACCCUCACCAGCAGUUGUGUAUAUGGCAUAUAUCUGUUGAGGAGGGUCACGUGAUCACCCUGAGCUUCAGAAACUUCAGCCUGGAGACUCAGGAUGUGUGCGAGUUUGACUAUGUGGAGGUGCAUGACAGCGUCAGCACCGGAGCUGGAAGAGUCCUCGGAAGGUUUUGUGGUACCACCUUCCCCCCAGAGCUGACCUCCUCUGGCCCUCACAUGACAGUGGUGUUUGUGGCUGAUGAGGGAGUGGCCGACAGCGGCUUCAAUGCGACAUACCAGGCUGUGUCCGUGCUGGGCAGGACAUGCGGCCCCAGGCAGUUUGCCUGCAGCACAGGGGAGUGUGUUCAGCAGCAGUGGCUGUGCGACGGCUGGAACGACUGCCCCGAUGGUGCGGAUGAACAGGGCUGUGGCAACUCCACCUAUCCUCCCUUCACCUCGUCUUGUGAGCACAUUGAAGUAGAGAUGUGUCGGGGCCUCAGCUACAACUUCACCUCAUUCCCCAACAUCUGGCUGUCCAUUGCUGACCAGAGAGAAGCUGCCACCCUCCUGGGACAGUAUCGGGUGCUGAUGGAGCUGGCGUGCUUCGAGCCUCUGCAGAGGCUGGUUUGUGGGAUGUUUCUGCCCCAGUGUAGUCCUCAGGGCGGCGUCCUCCAACCCUGCCGCUCAGUCUGCUCCUCGGCCGAGCAGCAAUGCAGCCAGGCCCUGGAUCUCUUUUCCUUCAGCUGGCCCUUCAACUGCCACCUUCUCCCAGACUCACAGGACCCCUUGGAGUGCUCACUGCCUUGAAGCUGGGACAGUCCAGUUACCUUUGCGAUCAUAUCAGGCCCAGGCAGGAAAUACCUGAGCGUUCGAGGACCUUACUUGCCUUAGUGGAAACAAAGGUUUACAGUUUUAAACAGUUUGUAAUACAUGUGCUCAGUAUAUAUGAGACCAGAUGCAGUUUAAAAGUAGACAGCUAAGUAAAAUGAAAGCUUUCAAUCCCCGACGGGAAUCAGAUUGUUUUACUGUA